CAAACGCACGCUGAAGCCGGCCUCCGGCUCCCGCCUCUGAGCCACAACCUGCUGCCUCGGUUACCGAGGAGCAACACAGACGCCUCGGGUUACAGGCUCUCCAACCGGCUCGCAGCGGGGAGACCAUGGCGCACUCCCGGCACCGCGUCUCCCUCGCGAGCCGGCGCGUCCAUCCCGGCUUGUCCUUCUACCUCACCACCUUUGGUCAGCUGAAGCUGUCGAUUGAUGCCCAGGACCGGAUUCUACUGCUCCACAUCAUGGAAGGCAAAGGCCUGAUGAGCAAAAAGCCUGGCACCUGUGAUCCCUACGUGAAGAUUUCUUUGAUCCCUGAAGAUCACCGGCGACGCCAUCAGAAGACCCAGACCGUUCCAGGCUGCAGGAACCCAGUCUUCCAAGAGCACUUUUUCUUUCCUGUCCAAGAGGAAGAUGAACAGAAGCGCCUCGUGCUCACUGUGUGGAACCGGGCAGGUGACUCCAGACAGACUGGGCUCAUCGGCUGUAUGAGCUUUGGGGUGAAGUCUCUCCUGACUCCGGACAAGGAGAUCAGCGGCUGGUACUACCUUCUGGGGGAGGACCUAGGCCGGACCAAGCACCUGAAGGUGGCCAGGCGGCGACUGAGGCCCCUCAGAGACCCACUGCUGAGAAUGCCAGGAGGCGGGGAUGCUGGGGACGGGGAGAAACUUAAGAUCACCAUCCCGAGGGGGAAGGACGGCUUUGGCUUCACCAUCUGCUGUGACUCUCCGGUCCGAGUCCAGGCCGUGGAUUCCGGGGGCCCAGCAGAGAGAGCAGGGCUGCAGCAGCUGGACACGGUGCUGCAGCUGAAUGAGAGGCCCGUGGAGCAUUGGAAAUGCGUGGAGCUGGCCCACGAGAUCCGGAGCUGCCCCAGUGAGAUCAUCCUGCUGGUUUGGCGCAUGGUCCCCCAAGUCAAGCCAGGACCCGACGGUGGGGUCCUGCGGCGGGCAUCCUGCAAGUCAGCACACGACCUCCUGUCACCCCCAAACAAGCGGGAGAAGAACUGCACUCAUGGGGCCCAGGCACGGCCUGAGCAGCGCCACAGCUGCCACCUGGUAUGUGACAGCUCAGACGGGCUGCUGCUCGGAGGCUGGGAGCGCUACACCGAGGUGGCCAAGCGCGGGGGCCAGCACACCCUGCCUGCACUGUCCCGUGCCACUGCCCCCACCGACCCCAACUACAUCAUCCUGGCCCCGCUGAACCCUGGGAGCCAGCUGCUGCGGCCUGUGUACCAGGAGGACGCCAUCCCUGAAGAAUCAGGGAGUCCCAGCAAAGGGAAGUCCUACACAGGCCUGGGGAAGAAGUCUCGGCUGAUGAAGACAGUGCAGACCAUGAAGGGCCACGCGAACUACCAGAACUGCUCAGGCAUGAGGACACACACCCCACACUCAAGCUAUGGCACCUAUGUCACCCUGGCUCCCAAGGUCCUGGUGUUCCCUGUCUUUGUCCAGCCGUUAGAUCUCUGUAACCCUGCCCGGACCCUGCUGCUGUCAGAGGAGCUGCUGCUGUACGAGGGGAGGAACAAGGCUGCCGAGGUGACACUGUUUGCCUAUUCGGACCUGCUGCUCUUCACCAAGGAAGACGAGCCGGGCCGCUGCAACGUCCUGAGGAACCCCCUCUACCUCCAGAGCGUGAAGCUGCAGGAAGGUUCUUCCGAAGACCUGAAAUUCUGUGUGCUGUAUCUAGCAGAGAAGGCAGAGUGCUUAUUCACUUUGGAAGCGCACUCGCAGGAGCAGAAGAAGAGAGUGUGCUGGUGCUUGUCGGAGAACAUCUCGAAGCAGCAACAGCUGGCGGCCUCGCCCCCACAGAGCAAGAAACUCCACCCUUAUGGCUCUCUCCAGCAGGAGAUGGGGCCGGCCAACUCAACCAAUGCUACCCAGGAUAGAAGCUUUACCUCACCAGGACAGACUCUGAUUGGCUGAGCAAACCCAAGGGCGGGACUCUGCUUCUGGCAACUUAACCCUUUCUUGGGCAUCCCCUACCACACAGUAACCUCACCUCAACUGGACCCAAAACUGAGGACCAACAUGAUGGGCCUAGGAUCAUCUGAAGGGAGCGGCCCCACGGGUGUGUGUGGACUGGAUCAGAAGGACCGCAGUGGUGCGAGAGGCCCUGUGGGCACGUGCGGACUGACAUCAGAGAGUCCCGAGUGGAGAAGACUCAGAAACUUGUUCCCUACAAGGAAGAAAAAGACAAAAUAGCAUCUGGGCUUCUGGUGAUUCCAGCGCCUGCCUUGGGGGCAGCAGAAGAGGUCGGGAGAGGUUGGCCCUGGUGGAGAAUCGUGCCCUGACCCUCCACAGCCCGAAGACAUCUUCCCCCAGUCACCAAUCUGGACUCAUUCAUUCCUCCAUUCAACAGACAGACACGCACAGGCAUCUGCUUUACCCCAGGCUCUGUGCUAGGAGCUGGGGACACCGUGGAGAAGGAGCUGGACGUGGUCUCUGUUCUCAUCAAGAUUUCAGCUCUGGAAGGGGAGUUGCAUGAAAUAAAUGGACAUCAACACACGUGUGUACGUGCGCGUGCGCACGCACACUCACAUGAUCACAAACUGUGAUAGUCCAUGAAGGAAAAGAACAGAUUCCUUUAAGAGAGAAUAUUACUUAGAUUGCCCUCUGUGUGUGUGUGUGUGUGUGUGUGGUGGGGUGGGGUGAUGGAGAUCAUAACUUUUAAGCUGGGACCUGCAGGCUGGAAAGGAUUUAGCCAGUCAAGGACUUUGGAAAGACUGUCCCAGGCAUAGGGAGCAGCCCACAGAAAGCACCUGAGAUGGAAGCUUAGCAUUCUGGAGGGACGGGGCCAGGCCAGUGUGGCUGGCACCUAGGGAGGAGGGUGGGGGCUGGAUCACACGGGGCUGUGGUGGUUAAUGUUUUAUUGAUUUUAUUCUAGACACAAUGGCAAGCCAGUGAAGGCUUUUGAGAAAGGGAGUCACAGAGUUUCAGGCAUAUUUCUAGAAGGUCAGUCUCAGGAGGGGCCCAAGGAGCUGUGAGGAGGUGGGUUAGAGGAUCCCUUUAGUCCUCCAGGGUGAAGGGUGGUGAUGGCCUGCCUGCCCUGCACGGUGGCUGGGGAGGUGGGGAUGUGAACGCCCAGUCCCUGGGAUGUGGCAGAGGCUCUGGAGUGAGUAGAGAGAAUUUCCUGCUUCUUCAUUCCUGCCCCCCAUAUCCCCUUGCUCUCUCAGGGGAUGCAAGUGAAGACUGCAUCCAGAGCCCCCUUGCAGAAGGCUCCUUCCAGAGCCCCCUCCUGGCCCGGCCUGAGUAGGGACCAGCGCCGAGAUGUGGGACCGCCUCUGGGAGUUGGGGGCAGGGGGUGCUUCUUCUGGCCCAGGUGGGGAAGUUUACAGCCCCCAGACUCAGCAGGGGCUGCCUGUGCUGCCCCUCCAUCCUGUGCUGAAUGGUCUGACCGGAAGCUGGAACAUAGCCCUCUGGAAACUGAUUUGGUUUGCUUUCAGUAGAGCUCCUAAGGUCAGGGACCAGGGCAAGGUGUGGCUCAGCACUCGAGGAGACUGUCCUGCCACAAGGCUAAAGAAAGACCUCGGAGGGGUGGCGGGGGGGCAGUGAUUAGCCUGCUCCCUGACUGCUGCAACCCCCACUGGAGCCCAGGGCCCAGCAGGUCUCACGCUGUUUCCUAACUGUGAGACCUAGAGCGAGGGAAGCCCAAGGCCACAGGUGUGGGUGACAUAGCUUAUGUAUGAGUGGGAUGUGCAGGGUCAGGGUCGCUUGCGUGGGGAGAGGGGGUUAGAGAGGCUGGAGAGGUGGCUGGGGCCAGAAAAGCUCCAGACCCUGGACACGCUGCGCUGUGUCCUGUGAGACCUCCUAAGUAUCUUCAGAGAGGGGUCUUGUGCCCUGGUGAGUUUGCUGCACUGCUGUGGCCACCCGAACCCCAAGAAGGGUGGCCCAGGGGAGAAUUCGUUCCCCACCUCUCACCCUCCGCCAGUCUAGGGAAGAGGAGGCAUGCGGCUUGAGCAGUCUAACAGGGGUGGAAGGUACUGCCCGGGACCAGGCGGUUCCCCUCCCCACAGGGGGGUUGGCUCAGCCCCGAGUGGACCAGUGAGACGUGGUGCCUGUCAACCGGGACCCGGCUGCAGGGCUCACUCCGGGAGGCAGAGCAGCUGGGUCUGCGCAGACAGCGCUGCGGCUGCACUUUGAUUUCAUUUGAUUCCCUUGAAAAUGACAUUAAGGAGAAUCGCCUGUCUGGGAAGACAGCAAGCUUGUCCCUCUGGGACCUGGUGACCAACCUUUGUCCACCAGACAAGUGAAGGGGACAGGAGUUCUGGGCAUAGCGAGAUGGAGAAUCCAAAUGCAGCGCCCAGCCCUGGGGUCAAGGCUUUUUCCCCACCUGCCCCAGCAAGCUGCUGACUUGGGCAGACGCUCACGGCAGGGUCUGCGGCCCAGCUGGCGGCUGGGGCAGCGGGCGUCAGCUCCCGGAGGAGCCGUGACUGUGGUGAGCCAGAGGGCCCUUGCUGCUCUGCCUCUCAGAUCGAUGACACGUUUAAUUUGGCUCCACGGGCUCGAGACGAUGAGACCUGACCCGCGGCCACUGCUCUUCCGUGCCCUUGUCCACCCCCGCCGUCCAGGAAGAUGGACAAGCCAUCGAAACUGCAUUUGAGAGUCAUAAUCACGGGAAACACAGCCGAGCCCCUCCCUCCCUCUGCAUAAAUCACAAGGAGAAGCACACACAAUGGUCUCUUUCCUGACGGGCCAAUUGUCUCCACUGGGUGUCUCUGGGCCGAGGGGCUGGGAGGAUGGGAGCACAAGCAUUUAUUGUUGAGAAGGCCAUCUGUGUGAUUUGAAUACAAAGUGGUCCUUUCAGUUCCCCCAUACGCCCUCCAAAGAACGCCUUCAUGCGUUCUUGCGUCUCGGGCUCUGGGUCUUCCGAGACUCUUGGCCUCUCCUGGACGCAGUCACACAUGGGGCUCUGCUGGCCCUGGGGCUUUUGGCCCUUUGGGAACUGGAACCUGUUGGAAAUAAUGACGCUUAUUUAUGUAUGUCUAGUAUUUUUAAUUCUUUAGUUUUUUUCAUAAGUUCUGCCACCUAAAUCCUCAUUUCUUACACAUGUUACCCAGGGGGUCCUGUGAAGUGAAGGUGCAGCUUCACAAUGGGAGGGGGGCUCUCCACUGUGAGAGCAUGGGCUUCGGAGAUGGUGACCCAGGGCCCCAGGCAUUGUCCGCCCCAGGCCUCCCAGCAGUCUGGCUUUGUGGAUGACAGGGACUAGAGCUCAGAGACGUUCAGUGAUUUAUCCAAGGUCACACAGUUGGUAAGAGGCCAAGCUAUAACCCUUAAGUCUAGGCCUUCGAACCAAAUCCACUGCCCUUUCCAAUGCCAAGGUCUGCCUUUCAGGGGUGAAAGUGAGAGAGUUCAGUCAUCUCCAGGAAGAGGCAGGAGGAAGCUAUCCCGCUUGCAGGACUUGUGGCCCUUUGAAUUCUCGAUGGGAUGCUUUAGGACAAAUAAUUAAGAUGCAACAUUCUCCACUCAGUGGAGAAUAAACUUCCAGAGCUCAUGUUUCUGAGGGGUGGCCAAAAGGGUCAGUAGCUCCACACAAAAUUGGAAAAGUCUGAUAUGAAAGAAAAGAAAGAUGGAGCUCCUGGAGAUAGACUGGGGGUGGGGUAGGGGUGGGCACUGGGACUGCGGAGCCGCUCCCUGUCCUCUUUGGGUCUGGCAUUCAACAGGACCAGCAGACACGGCCUUGGGGUGUCCGGCAGCAGUGGGGCGUUGGCCAGAGGCACACAGGGAUGGCUUCAGGUUCAGGCCAGGCACACUGAGUCCGAGUCUGGAAGGAGGCCUUCGACCCAAGCCCUGAGGAGGGUGGGAGAGACUGCCAGGUUCUGGGCCUAGAUUUUGCUAAUGGGCUGGCUUCAAAUCUUAACUCUUAGUAAGUGGGAAUCAACCGGACUGGAUGGCAGAUACCUCUCUAAAGAAGCAGACUCUUCCCUAAAAUGUUCGUCUGUUUUCCAGUCUCUCCAGGUCCCCUCCCACCUCCUUACUGCUCAUCUGGCCGUGGACAGACUGCCUUCUUCGGCAUCUUGCCCUUGGACUCAGCCACCUCGCUGUUCUUUUUUUAGCUCUUAACAAAGACAGCACAAUCUUAUCAUCUCUCCUGUCUUGACCUUAUCUUCCCUCCAGCCUUUCUCUGCGUAGGGCCGCCACCCUCCAAAUUAUUCCCAGAUCUAUGGUUUAAGGGUAGAAUAAUAACGCGGGGUAAUUUGGCGAGCAGGUACACUGUGAGCCUGGCUCAGCGCCAGGCUUUUGACCUACAUUGUCUCUUCGGUCCUCACUUCAGCCUCGCGCGGUUCAUUAUCGCCAUCACACGUUGACUCUCACUUUACCCAGCGGAUAUAGAAAGACCAUGUCCCAGAGAAGUUAAGAAACUUGCCCAAGGUCACACAGCUAGUGGGCGUGUGGACCCCAGAGCACCUGCUUUGGAUCACUCGGUUCCGUGGUUUUCCAGCAAUCGUGGGAAGCAGCAUCCAAACUGACAGGGGAAAGGGAGGCUGAGCAGCCACAGUCCUGCUUCAAGGCCAGCGAGGGAGGCCACAGUCUUCGGAGUCAAGCUCAGGUCUCAGCCGGGCCCUCGAGGCUCUCCCUGGUGGCACUGCACCCCGGCUUCGUGCUUGCGCCCUGGCCGCACUGGGCUACUUCCCCUCCUCCAAAUUCCCCAUGCACGCUUGCGCUCGGGCUGUUUCUUCUGUCAGGCGUUGCCUGCCUUCCCCUGCUGUCUCUGCCGAUGCAAUCCCCAGCCUUCCAGGCUUGGCACCUCCUUGAGGCGCCUUUCUCUGGCUUGCAUCAGAAGUCAUGGCUUGCCCCUUUGCAUUUCUGCAGUAUUUUGUUCAUUCUUCGUACAGCGUGGUAGGCCGGUGUGUCUGCCCUGCGAGGCUGGGCUCCUUGGAAGCUCAUGGAGGCUGUGUCUUAUUUAUUUUUGUUACUGCCUGGUCCUUAGGGGAUAUUGUAGGAGAUAUUGUUGAAUUGGGUCACACAGUUCAUACCCUUCACGUUCUAGAAUCUAGAUGAGGAAAUGGAGGCUCACAAGUAGGCAGUGAGCUUGCCCAGGGUUCAUGGAACAAGUUAGUGGCAGAGCUGGGAUUAGAACUCAGGCCUCCUGACUCUCUUGGCUCUGAGCUUUUUCUGCUGCACCUCAGCUUUGCAAGCCCGGAGCCUGGAACCCCACAUGGUUUAUUAAGCAACCUGGCUGAGUUCACUUCAGGGUCACGGGUUCCAUCAUACUCUGUACUGACUUCUGUGCAUCCUCCAAGGGAGAGGACACCCGAUGGGAGCGACUCCUGUGGUUCCCUUCCCUCUCACUGAGCCCUCGGCCCUCAGAGAAAACUCCAGUUGGGUUCCGAAGAUCUUGGUUCAAAUCCAUUUUUCUGGUAACUCACUGGGUGACUUUGGACAAAUUACUUCACCUCUCUUCAACACAAACCCCAAAUUGAGUACAAUAUUUAUUUUAUAAAUAUAAAAUUUGAUGGAACCGUAGACUCUUUGAAUGUGAAGCCAAAAAGCUCCCCCCCCCCCCCACCCCCGAGAUCAAUUGAUUAACAAGCUGAUUUAUAGAAACAAAGACCCAGAGAGGCAAGAACUUGGUCAAGGGCACGUAGUUGGUCCUAGAGCUGGAACUAGGACCCAACCCCCUACCUUCCAAGCCAGUGCUCCUCUUUAGCGACUUUGGAAGAAUUUGCCAGGUUGAGAAGGGGGAGGGGACGUGGGUCGUCUUAGAUGCUUUGGUUGUCUCUGUUAGCUGUGUUGUCAGGGGAAGUAAGUCACCGCUUUGGGCUAUAAUGGAAGUAGUGAGACACCGCCCAGCUAAAGGCUCGAGGGGAGGUUGUCUAAUUGGCUGGCUUGUCUAGAGAUGCCUGGUAUGUUCUUGCUGGAGGGGAAUGAAUGAGGCUGCUGUUUCACCUGGAGGUCAGAGCAUGGCAGGACUAGUGGAGGCGCUCCCUGUGGUCGGUUCUAAAAAUAGCCGUGAGAGGGAGCUGAGGGGAAGAGGAGGGGUCCCCUCCCGGAGCUGGGUGGGACCUCACCCCCUUCCGCUUCCUGCCAGACCCUUUGUGAGGAAGUGCUGCAGCUUCAGAGAGGUUAGAUCUGGGGUGGGUCCUGGAGCUAUCCUCCCUCACCUCCCCCUCUCAUGCACAAGGGGAGGCCCCGGAGGCUGGGAGAGGGGAAAGGACUGGUCCACAGCCACCAAGCCUAGGGAGAAGGUCGCAGACGGCAGGCUGUCUUCCUCCUGCUGUUUCAGCAGGGUGGCCGCAGGCGGUGAGGUUUUCUUGUGCUGCCUCUGGGCGAACACAGGGCCUGGGAAUUCCUGGGGCCGGAUGUGGUCGGCCUUCCUGAGAGUCGCCCAGCCGGCGAGAGUCCUCCUCUGGUCUGCCCUGAGCCCUGACCUCGGCCAGCUGGCCGUUCAGUGCCACACCUUCCCUUUGCUGGUGUUCCCAUCCUUGCUGAUUUGUCCUUCUGUCGCCCCCUGGGCUGCCUGCAGGGAGAGAGGACAGGGCUAACACAGAACUGGUGUGCAGGACAGAGGGUCUAGUGGCCUGGGACCUUUGCUCAGCUCUGCCCCAGGAACAAGCAGAGGCAGCUAAGGUAGAGGCAGGGACCUGGGCUUCAAGGCAGGCAGGCAGGUAGGCCAGGGUUCUAAUCCCCGCUGUGCCUCUCACGAGCUGUGGGAUGACUGGUGGGUCACCUAGCGUGUGUCAAAUGAGACGGGACACCGUUCUCCCUGGGGUCUGUGAGGACGAAAGGGAUUAGAAGGCGCUCAGGGAAGGGGGCCGUCACCACUGGGUCAGACGUGAAUGCACGGACUCUCUGCGCCCCUUCCUCCCGGCCUCCACCCACGGGGCAUGGCAGGCGUUUGUCCCUGGCGUGGUUAACGUUUUUGUGGUGUUGUUGCAAAAUUACCCACAUUUAUCAUGAAGAAAACACUCAGAACAGAUGAACCAGGAGAAGGAAACGAAGUCCACCCUUAAUCCCAACAGCCAGAGAUAACCACUGGCCACAUUUUGGUGUGUGUCCCCGUCAGGCGGUUGUUUAUACAGACAUAUAUCUUAUUUGCAGUUUGGGGUUACUAGUGCACGUAGUUCUCUAACUUGCUUUUUCCCCAUUUAACAAUGCAGUAUGUGCAUGUUUCCAUGUCAAUAAAUAUUCUUCUGCAACAUC